GAGAGGGAGUGAGGGAGAGUGAGAGAGCAAGGGAGAGAGACAGAACUCAUUCGUCUCUCAGAUGUUGAGCUCCGGCUGGCUGCUGUCGGACACCGUGAAGAAACCCAGGAGGAACGCAUUCCAGAAGUGCUGGACUUACAGUGACAUUUCCCUCCCCUAAUCAUUCUUAUCGGUCGCUCCUCCAUAACCCCUGGUUCACAGCAGGCACUGCAGGACUCCACCUCACUAGCUCUCCCCAUGCUCUCACUUUUUUUCGCUCCCUGUUUCUUCUUAUUUUUCCAAGAGCCCCAGGGACCCGGACGACUAACUGUGGGACGUGUCAAUCAGACGAGCGUAUUUCGACACCAGGGCUGUACCAGUGCCAUGUUUUGGUGAUUUGGUCUGAACCCCUGUGUCAAAGAUGGAGCUGAAGGUGUGGGUGGAUGGAGUGGUGCGGGUGGUGUGUGGACUGUCUGAGGAGACGUCAUGCCAGGACGUGGUCAUCGCUUUGGCCCAGGCCAUUGGUCAGACUGGACGCUAUGUGCUCAUCCAGAGGCUGAGAGACUCUGAGCGGCAGCUGCUGGCCAAUGAGCGGCCGCUAGAGUCCCUGGCCAAACUUGGUCAGCUAGGCAGUGAGGUCCAGUUCUUCCUGCGGCGGACCGGGCCCAGCAGCAGUGACGGCAGCCCCCCCCUACCCAAGCUGUCUGAGCCGGAACCCCCCAAACGCAGGGAGCCCAGGAAGUCCCUCACAUUCAACCUAGGGCCCUCCAGCUCCCCCAGAGCCAAGCUGAAACACUUCAAAAAUUCGCCCAGAGACUCUCCUGAGCAGAGGGCCUCGCCUCCCCCUGCGACCCCACCCCCAACCCUGGCCCCUCCCUCCAAUGGUCCAUCCAAGGAGGAGGUGUUUCGGAAGGUCUUGCAGCAGCGGGAGAGACUGCAGUCCCUCGAGGCCCAGCUGGAGGCUCUGGAACGGGAGGUGCGUGUCUGGGACCAGCCCCCAGCACCGGAUGCCUGCCUGCAGGAGGAGCUGGAGCUGAUGGAGCAGGUGGCACGGAGGAAUGAGGCAGAGCUGGCCCAUGAGGAGUUCCUCGAGCGCGAGCUGCAGGCGGAGAUGGAGGCGGAGAGGGGCUUGCGUAGGCGGCUGGGUGAGCUGCACUCCAAAUUGGAUGACUGUGGCCGGCGGCUGCAGGACUUCACCACCCGCUCAGGCCAACUGGAACAAGAGAUCCAACUGGAGAGCCGGCGGCAGAGGCCCCGCUCAGCCACACCCGGGCCGGACGAGUCACUGAGUGCAGUCAGGGUGGAGCUGCAAACCCAGCAGCAGCACCGGGUGGAGCUUGAGGCCUCGAUUGCAGAGACAGAGAGGGCACUGGGGAGGACAGAGGUAUUACUACAGGAAAAGAAUGAGGAGAUGGAUGAAUUGAACAAAGAGCUGCGGCAGUGCAACCUGCAGCAGUUCAUCCAGCAGACGGGUGUCCUGCCCACCCAGACGCAGAUGCGCACAGACCUCCAUGAGCAGCUGGAGCAGCUAGAGCCACUGGGGCAGGUGGAGCAGGCACGGUACCUGUCAGAUGGCUACAGCAGUGGAGGCUCUCUCCCAUACUCCACAGACUCGCCACCUCGCCCCACAGCCAAGCAGUUCCUGGGGAACCCACGUAAUCUGCAGAACCCCCUAGUGUCCAGCCUCAACCCCGAGGUCUUGACAUCCAAGGAGUCCUCAUGGAGAUAAAGCAGGGACCGCAAGCCCAAG